AUGUCUUCCUCCCACGAUGCCAUCCCGGAGACUCCGCGAGUCAUUUCUCCUUCACCCGCGCCCUCAGAAACUCGGUCAUCCUCACGGGACGGAUAUGCAGGCCCUACUACUCGCUCUGCAGCACGGCGACAGCGCUUAGGGGAGGUCGUGGAGGAGGAUAAUGAUGGCUCGGAUCCGGAGCUGAAUCGUUCGCGAACUCCGAGUCGCAAUCCGAAGAAUGCGCCGGGAUCGGCCCGUCGACGCAAGAGAAAGUCAAACCCGAUGAUGCCGGCAGACGGCCCAGAUAACAAGGCGAAUGGUCACGGAAAGACAAAUGGUUACCUGUCACCAAUCGCUACCAAGGUUGACGGCGUCUUGCAUGAAAUCUCCCGAUCACCGUCGCCCCUGGGUCUGAUCCCCCUCCACGCACGGUACCGCAGUUUCAUCCACCGCCAUGAGAUACCACGCAAGCUCCUUCAUGUGUCAAUCGGCUUCCUCACUCUACAUUUGUACAGCCGCGGGAUACAAACCCUACAGAUCACACCCUGGCUUUUCUCCGCACUUGUGCCUAUUGCCGCAACAGACUUCAUCCGCCAUCGCUCGGAGACUAUCAACAAGCUCUACAUCCGCUGUGUCGGCGCCCUGAUGCGGGAGACCGAGGUUUCGGGAUACAACGGUGUGAUCUGGUACCUGCUGGGUGCUUACGCCGUCCUGCGCUUCUUCCCCAAGGACGUCGGCGUCAUGGGCGUCCUCCUGCUCAGCUGGUGUGACACUGCCGCCUCCACAUUCGGCCGUCUCUAUGGCCGUUACACCUUCAACCUGCGCAAGGGGAAGAGUUUCGCCGGUACCCUGAGCGCCUGGCUAGUGGGCGUCAUCACUGCCGCUGCAUUCUGGGGCUACUUCGUUCCCCACGUCGGCACCUUCCCCAAUGACCCCGAAGGAGCCUUCAUGUUCACCGGCCGUCUGAACCUCAUCCCAGAUUCGGUCAAGGGUCUCAUCGGAUGGACGGGCGAUACCUCCUCAACCGUCAUAACGGGUCCUUUGGCCCUGGGUGUCAUGAGCGUCGUCUCCGGAAUUGUUGCUGCCGGAAGCGAGUUCGUGGACCUGUUCGGCUGGGAUGAUAACUUCACCAUCCCCAUCUUGAGUGGAAUUGGACUCUGGGGUUUCUUGAAGGUUUUUGGUUAA